GCGCUCCGGUCGAGUCCAGCACUGCAGGAUUCAUUCACGUCAGGAGUCCGGCUCCACCCGCUUCUACCUGACUGAUAACCUGGUGUUUGAAAGCUUGUACCGCCUCAUCUGCCACUACAGAGACACUCCUCUGCGCUGCAACGAGUUUGAGAUGAGGCUGGGCAGCCCUGUGCCUCAGCCCAACGCACACGAGAGCAGAGAGUGGUUCCACUCCAGUCUGUCUCGCGUUCAGGCUGAACACAUGCUGAUGCGUGUCCCUAGAGACGGAGCUUUCUUGGUGCGAAAACGCAGCGAACACAACUCCUACGCCAUCUCCUUCAGAGCGGAGGGGAAGAUCAAACACUGUCGUAUCCAGCAGGAAGGCCGCCUCUUCAUGUUGGGCAGUUCAGCAGAGUUUGAGAGUCUGGUCGACCUCGUGAGCCACUAUGAGAAACAUCCUCUGUACCGCAAGAUGAGGCUCCGCUACCCCAUCAACGAGGACACUCUGGACCGCAUGGGCACUACA